UACUUGGUAGCAUUAAGUUUAUUUUUCUACUAUGUCUGCAAAAUCAGCCGUAACAGGAACUCCGCUUGCCAAUGGUGGUGUUAAGGGAGAAUGGACGACCGGUUUAUGUGGUUGUUUUGAAGAUGCCUCUAACUGCUGUGUCACUUGUUGCUGUCCUUGUGUCACCUUUGGACGAAAUGUUGAGAUAAUUGACCAAGGAACUACUUCUUGUGCUCAUGCUGGUGUAAUCUACUAUUGCCUGGCUCAUGUUGGUUGGGCUUGUAUCUACACAUGCACUUAUCGUACAAAAUUGAGAGCUUUCUUUAGCUUGCCAGAGGACCCUUGUGGAGAUUGCCUUGUCCAUUGCUGUUGUCUUCCUUGUGCUGUUUGCCAAGAAUACAGAGAGCUCAAAAACCGCGGUUUUGACCCCUCCCAAGGAUGGAUGGCUAACGCUCAGAAAUGGAGUCAAGCUGGAGUUACUGUUCCUCCCCUUAUUGCACCAGGAAUGACUCGCUAAAAGAGGUUUCAAACCACCUGCAGGCUGUGUUCUAAUUUCAUAAUUCUGUAGUUUUAUUUUGUUUUGUUUUUAAUCUUACAAUGUAUGAAGUGGAAAUUGUGAGAAAUGUUUGUUUUCCCUAUGAAUACUUGUGAACGUACCUUGUAGCUCUUAUCUUAAAUUUGGUCUCUGCUAUAAAUAAAGU